AUGAAGUUUGGGCGCAACUUGCCUCGAAAUGUCGUUCCCGAAUGGAGCACUUCGUACAUCAGGUACAAGGCCUUGAAGAAACUGAUCAAAUCCGCGGCAGAGGAGGUGAAAGCUGGCCGUGAAGCGGAUCUUGCGGAAUUCUUCUACUCUCUCGAUCGAAAUCUCGAGGAUGUCGAUUACUUCUACAACAAAAAAUUUGCGGACUUUUCCCGUCGCUUGAAGUUGCUGGAAGAGCGAUACGGCCAUUCCCUGCAUAAAGGGCAUCAGCUCGAUUCGGAGGAUGUGGAGGAUCUUCUGGCGGCGUUGCUCGAACUGCGUGGUCAACUACGCAAGCUGCAGUGGUAUGGCGAAGUCAACCGUCGUGGAUUUGUCAAAAUUACCAAGAAGCUUGAUAAGAAGGUCGGCGUCACGGCGCAACAGACAUACCUGGAGACUAAAGUGGAUCCGUCGCCUUUCGCCUCUAACGCCCGAGUCACCGAGUCUCUCAAGAAAAUCAACGAGUGGCUUUCCGUGCUUGGAGACCAGAAGGUCUUCGACGAUGCAAGCUCUACGCGAUCCUCGCUUUCCUUGAAGAAAGGACCUUCGCGGCCCAAUCUCAAUCUGCCCCCGAGCAUGCUUAGUGAGGUUGACGACGCUUUGCGCAAGGAUGACACACAUGUCCUCCUGGAACUAAUGGAGACGCUGAAGGCAGCUGCGGAUGAUAUCGGAGAAACGGUCUAUCCUAAGGUUUUGAAAAGUCUUCUUCAGCGGUCCAUUUACUAUCGUUCCAAGGCGUGCAUUUCAGUCCUCCUUGGUCGAAUCGACUCGCUCGACGAGGAGGACGACAUCAAUAAGCGCAAUUGUAUCCAUCGUUUGGUUAUUUCUAUCGGACGAGCGCAGUCGUCCACUGACUCAGAGUCGUCCGCCUCGAUGGUGCUUGAUUUUUCGCUGGAAACUUCUCAUUACAUCACCCCCGCUGCUCCUCCGACCAUGCAGCCACCUCGGCCAGUGGUAAAAGAGACGAAUCAUCCCCAGCUUCUGGACAGAGACGACCCUUCGGUUUCACUUUUGCAGUUUAUUCUGGACGAACUCCAGCCCCAUCAGCGCGGCGCAUUGCUAGCCAAAGACCUUUCUGGACGCACCCCUCUGCAUUAUGGUGCACAGUAUGGGUUCAAAGUGGUAUGCGAGGUCAUCAUUGAACACCUGCAGGGUUGGGAUAUGUUUGAUGUUCGUGAAGGCAUUGAUGCACCGCAGUGGCAGGAUAACGAUGGCUGGGCUCCCUUGCACUUGAGUGUUGUUGGCGGUCACCCGCUGACGACACGGGCACUAUUGGAGGCGGAGAACUGGCAAGGUGCUUCUGAGAAAAAAGCUGCCAUACGGAAGCACGUGUCGAAAUCCAGCGCGGUCUUGGCAUUAGCCACCAAGGCAAAUUUCGUCGAUAUAGUGCAACUCCUUGUGGAUGCUGGAGUCGACAUCAACUACCAGGAUGACCAGGGCGAAACCGCGCUGCAUGUGGCCGCUCGUUUUGGUCACGAUGCGUGCGCAAAGAUUUUGCUUGAGGGCACUGACGAUCAGAAGGCGGACACUGAGCUUACGGAAAAUACUUAUUCUUGGACGCCGCUUUUCGUUGCCUGCGUCGAUGGGUCUUUGGGCGUUGUAGAGUUGCUCAUUCAAGCUGGCGCCGAUCUCGAGAGACUCGACUCUUCAGGCUGGAGUGCCAAGGAACAUGCUGCAUUGAGAGGUCAUCUUGAUAUUGCGAGACGUCUGGCACAAGUGACGCCCGAACCUGAAGUAACGGAAGCCGAGCCUGCGAUACCUGUUCCUUCGGUGACUUCUAUCCAAUCGUCCCCAACUUCGCAAUCUUCCCUUACCGAGAGACGAUCUAAUGUUAGCCCACGCGGGAGUCCUGCGCCGCGGAGCACUGAACCUAUUAAAACUUUUGGACAUCGGUAUCUCACCGACAAGGCCAUGAUUCUGGUCAGCCUGGGCACCAUGGACAUACGAAAGCACAUGGAAGCAGUGAAUCUUGACCGUAUUCCUAUGGUCAACGCUCAUUCUACUCAAUUGGAUACCGCCCUGUCCAUCGUCGUAUCGGCCAAUGGAGCUGAAGGAGAGCCCGAGAUCAUUGAUCUUCCGGUUCAAGAUAACAUCUCUACGGAACCGAUCGUCUUCCAUGCCGCAGACCCAAGCAAGGUCAGGCUGCUGUUUGAUCUUAUCCCCACAUAUGCUGGCACAAAGGAUCAGAUUGUAGGACGCGGCGUUGCUCUGCUUUCGAGCGUUAAGCCGACGAUCGGAUCUCACCGUAUCAAUCUCAAAGGUGACUCCACGGUUCCCAUCAUGGCUGCCAACACUUUGGAAGUCAUUGGCUCCGUGACAUUCAACUUCCUUAUCGUUACGCCUUUCAAGCAUCCGAAUAUGUCGAUUACUGGCAACAGGACAUACUAUAAGAGCAUGAGCUCGACCAUGGUCAUCGGACAUCGCGGUUUAGGGAAGAAUUUGGCCAGUCGCCGAUCCUUACAGUUAGGAGAAAACACUCUGCCGUCGUUUAUUGCGGCUGCCAAUUUGGGAGCAUCCUACGUCGAGUUCGAUGUCCAGCUCACGAAAGACCAUGUUCCUGUCAUCUAUCAUGAUUUCCUUGUCAGCGAAACGGGAAUCGAUGCCCCCGUUCAUACUCUGACACUUGAGCAAUUCCUUCAGCUUGGGGAGAGUGGCGUGUCUCGCCGGUCCACCUCUCCGUAUCAGUCGCCUGACGCUACCGGAAAGAAGAUGGGCAGUCCCAGCUUCCGUCCGCGAUCAAUGUCCGUUGGCGACUUCGAAUUUGACACUACAGAGCUGAACGAGCGAAUCAAACACACGCGGGAUUUCAAGAAGAAGGGGUUCAAAGGUAACACCCGCGGCAAUCACAUCCAAGCUCCCUUUGCAACGUUGGAGGAGCUAUUCAAGAAGCUGCCGAAGUCCGUUGGAUUCAAUAUUGAACUCAAAUACCCCAUGCUCUUUGAGAGCGAGGAGGAGGAGAUGGAUACCUACGCCGUCGAGCUGAAUUCCUUCGUGGAUACGGUUCUCAAAAUGGCCUAUGAUCACGGCGAGGGGCGCAACAUGAUCUUUUCUAGCUUCAACCCCGAUAUCUGUCUUUUGAUCGCUUUCAAGCAACCAUCCAUCCCUGUGCUCUUCCUGACCGACUCUGGUGCGUCUCCGGUAGGCGACAUCCGAGCCAGCAGUCUGCAGGAAGCUGUUCGGUUUGCUUCUCGCUGGAGCUUACUGGGCGUCGUCUCCCAGGCUGAACCACUGGUUCUGUGUCCGCGUCUGGUCCGCGUCGUGAAGGAGUCUGGUCUUGUCUGCGUAUCUUACGGAACGCUGAACAACGAGCCAGCAAACGUCAAGCUCCAAGUCGCCGAGGGAAUUGAUGCAGUGAUCGUCGACUCCGUUCUCGCCAUCCGUAAAGGUCUCACGGAGCAUCAAGCUAAAGGCGACACUCCGGCCCCAUCUGCGCAGCCAAGCCCGCUGGCUGAACCCAAUCGCGAGGCACUGAAGGAGUCUAUCCAGAUACCUGUCCUUGAACAAACUGAACAGAAGGAUGACCACCUCCAUGUGAAACCGCAGGCUGUACUCAAUCCCCAGUGA